UCUUCCCGGCCCUUCCGGGGACCGCCGUCCUUUAACCCCGGAAGUAGGCGGGGGAGGAAGCGGCCGGUGAUGCUGGAACAAAGAUGGCCGCUUUGGCGCCCGUCGGUCCCGCGGGUCCCCGCUGUCGUCCGCUAACUGCGGGCCUCCGGCUGCUUCCGCUCCUGGGGCUGCUGCAGCUGCUGGCCGAGCCCGGCCUCGGCCGCGUCCACCACCUGGCGCUCAAGGGCGCCGUCUGGACUGGUCAGAGCUGGAAUCUGCAGAACUUUCAAAUCUUACUUGAAAUACAUGACAGAAAAUUUAAAACCAAGGCCUUAAAUAUUUUUCUUCUUCACUUUCAGUUUUUCUUUAACAUCAGCACUGAUGACCAAGAAGGCCUCUACAGUCUUUAUUUUCAUAAAUGUAAUGGAAAGGAAAUGCGGCCUAGUGAUGAGUUUUCAUUCAGCCUGGAUAUUGAGAUCACAGAGAAGAAUCCUGACAGCUACCUCUCAGCAGGAGAAAUUCCGCUUCCAAAAUUAUAUAUUUCUAUGGCUUUUUUCUUUUUUCUUUCUGGGACCAUCUGGAUUCACAUCCUUUGCAAACGACGGAUUGACUACCACUACAUCUCCUCCCAGGGCUUUCCCAUCGAAGGCUGGGCCGUGGUGUACUACAUCACUCACCUCUUGAAAGGGGCGCUGCUGUUCAUCACCAUUGCACUCAUUGGCACCGGCUGGGCGUUCAUCAAGCAUAUCCUUUCCGACAAAGACAAAAAGAUCUUCAUGAUUGUCAUCCCUCUCCAGGUCCUGGCAAACGUGGCCUACAUCAUCAUCGAGUCCACUGAGGAGGGGACGACUGAGUAUGGCUUGUGGAAGGAUUCUCUGUUUCUGGUUGACCUGCUGUGCUGUGGAGCCAUCCUCUUCCCAGUGGUGUGGUCAAUCAGGCAUUUACAAGAAGCAUCAGCAACAGAUGGAAAAGCUGCCAUUAACUUAGCAAAGCUGAAACUUUUCAGACAUUAUUACGUCCUGAUCGUAUGUUACAUAUACUUCACCAGGAUCAUUGCAUUUCUCCUCAAACUUGCUGUUCCAUUCCAGUGGAAGUGGCUCUACCAGCUCCUGGACGAAAUGGCCACGCUGGUAUUCUUUGUUCUAACGGGGUAUAAAUUCCGCCCAGCGUCAGAUAACCCCUACCUACAACUUUCUCAGGAAGAUGACGACUUGGAAAUGGAAUCUGUAGUGACAACAUCAGGGGUGAUGGAGAAUAUGAAGAAAGUCAAGAAGGUGACCAACGGCUCUGUGGAGCCCCAGGGCGAUUGGGAAGGCACUGCGUGAUGGGCACCCUGGAGGCUGGCGCUGUCAGAGGAAACACUUAAUUUAUUAGGAGUCUUGAUGGAGAGCGAGAGCAGCUGGCACCUCCCGACAGUGACACCACAGAGCACGUGGCUGGGAACAAAGUGCCACGGAACCUAGUUUCUUACUCUCUUCUCUGGAAACCUGAUCUAUGGCUUGUUACAGGCAGUUUGAACCUCCUUCAGGUGGGGAUGGUAUGGAGGGAAUAGAAAGGAGGGUGAAAGGAAGACUUUGUUUUUAAUUUGUAUUUCUUUUUUUUUAAAUUGGGAACUCUUAAGGUAUAUGCAGUUGUGACCCCAAGCGUGUAGCAGAAUAGGGAGGAAUGUUGGGGGAUGGGGGAGGGAGGCAGAGGUGUAUAUCUCUGUACAGGAGACACACCUCUGUACAGGUGUAUAUCAUUGUACAGGAACGGGGCUUCAGUACAUGAGCAGAUGUCACAAGGACACAAGCCUUGCAAAGACAGGGAAGGGACAAAACCGAGGGAAAUUAGGUUAUUUUAGAAAGCAGAGUCAAAACCCACUUUAGUAUGUAGAGCCUGCCCUAGGAUUCCCGGUCGUAAAUGUUGCCCCAGACCUUUAUCCUGGAUUCUGAAAGUGACCAGAAACCAGUAGCUCAGCAGCCCGGUGGCCUCCUAAAAGGACUCCCUCCUCAGAGGACUGGAAUGUCCUUGUCAAAGGCCCUGGGACUGAGGUGGGAAAUGGUUUUCUUAAUUGGUUUGUCUUCUGUGUGGCCUGAUUGGGCAGACAGGCUCAGGGCGUAAGCUCAGUAGGCAUUCUCCUGUGGGGUUUCCCUGAGCACCCCGCUCCCUGACUGCCCAGAGCAGCACCCUCCUCACUCCCCUCUCUCCUCAUGACGCUUAGAGCAGAAGAUGGGGAGAGAUGGGGAGGGAUUUGCCUUAAAGGAGCAUCUGGGGGCGGAAGAGGCCGUGCUGAAGCAAAUACGUACAUACAAGCCAGUCAUUUCACAGGCUUUCCUGGGGGCCAGAGAGGAUUUCUAAAGAGGAGCGAAACGGUCCUUGUCCCAGUGUUCCAAGAGUAUGUAUGCAAAGAAAGUCAGUGUGACGGAGAGUCUGACUCAGGGAUUGGGGCCGGCGGAACACUCCAGACACGGGCGCGAGGAGCUCCCUGAAGUGAGCAGCACGCAGCUUGGGGCCGAGCCCUCAGAGGGACGGGACAGGCUCUGGUGGCCUGUUGCCGCCGAGGGCAGGGAGGGCUGGGCAGUACUUUGCCGCUGUGAUUUUGGUCGCCUGGGCCUGAAACAGGACACACGCAAGGCUGCAUUGGGGAAGCUCUCUGCAGCUCGGUGCCGGUCAGGUCAGGGCGCUUCCGCCUGCCCAGAUGAGUCACAGGGCUGCACCUGCAGGGGCCUCCGGGGCUCCACACAGCCACAGUCUCUGGGGGUGGGUUUCUUGCCCCUAGAUUGGAAGAGUCACUCAGAAACUCAAUAGCCCGGGUUUGGGAAGCUGAAGGGUCUCUACUCAGGAACCAGUUGUUGUCCCUUCCUGUUCCAUCUCCCUUCCAGAAUCACAUGAGGAAUUGCGCGCUCUCUGUGCACUCCUGCUGGCCCUCUGCUGUGCCGGCCUGACCCUUCACAAAGGCUCGGUCCUGGCCGAGCGUGGAGUACGACCAAGCAUCUGGCAAGACCGCUGCUGCUUGCUGUCCCACACAUACUGGGGGGAGGGUAUUGUGUGUCUCCCCAUCUCCCAUCUAAGUAUUAAUGUAAGGGACCUUUUGCUUUUUUUUUUAUUAAGUGAAUUUGGGGCUGUGUGACAGGAGAAGGAAGUUGCAGGGAAGAUGAGAAUGUUUUUAAGACUUUGUUUCCCUGUGCGUGAACAGUCCCAGCGCUUCAGAAAUGUGUCUCAUUCUGUGGCCAGAUCCCCCUUAGGUGCUGCCCUUAGAGCGGCACGCUCACUGCUUGUCCUGCAGGCACAUGUCCUUGACUAGGCCACAGCCUUCUUGGCAAGAACCAAAGUUGUGAUGAAACCUCCCCUUUAGAAAGGGGCUAUUACUGUAAGUGGCGGAAGGUUUGGUGUCAGGCUGAUGAUUGAGAAAGAUCAAAAACCCCAGCCGAAGAUUGGGAAAACAGGUGGUAACUCAAGUUUUUACAAAAUGAUUUAAGCUCUCCAUCCUGUUCUGUCAAAAUGUCUCUUCUUUCUCUAUCCCCUAAUAGCUGUGCCAGCAGUCAGUGCUGCUGUUGAGUUUAGAUGGCAGUCCAGGGCCAGACAGCUCCCUCGCAGACCGCCGCUGCCCGCAGCCUGGCUCGGUUACAGUGCGGCCUGCCGGCAGCUGCAGCCUCAGUGCAGGGUGUGGGCCGAGGUGACUGGCCGCGCAUCCCAGAGCGGUGGGUCGUGUUUACAGCUUUGCUCUGGGCUCCCGCUCCCUGGGUCUGCCUGCGCAGAGUUGCCGCGCUUCCGUUGAGAAAUGUGCUGUGGCCUGGAAGUACUGCUGGCUGUAAAAUUAGGAAGUAG